UGUACAUCUCUGGCUGCUGCAUGACGAUUUUCCUGAGUUUUUUUUUCUCUUUACCGUCCUGGUCCUAUUUUCCUCUCCUUUUCCGCAUUCUUUGUUUUCAUAGGAGCUUUCUUGGGUUUCUUAAGUUUAACAGUUUCAUAGUGCGGACUGGUUAUGCUGUUUCCCGUCUCUACGUGAAUCUUCGUGCUGCGUGCUCUCGCUUGACAACUGUUAGAACCAGCCUGCCUCGUGCAGUCUUACUACGGUAUCAUGAAUCCCAUUCCCAACGGAAACCCAGGCCUUGAGCAGCAGCUGGCCGGUAAAGCCGCAGAGAUUAAGGAAAUCAGACCACUAGAUCAGGAGGGGAACUCGUUCCUGUUGAAGCUGUUCGGGAAUGAAAAGAGCAUCGAAAAGAGCUUACAGAACCUGAACGCCUUCAACGAUCCAUACGAGAUGGAUCAACUGUUCCGCAGUUCUCAGAGCAAUGAUCCUGUAAGCACUAGCCAGAUCCUGGGCCAGUUUUUGAUAACUCCACCGUCCAGCCAGAACCUGUUUCCUCUAAGCCAGUCCACGGCUAAUAAUGAUUAUGGUACGAUGAACGGGAUGCAGGUGGUACAGCUGGUGGAUCGUGGCGGGAAAGCGCCGGUCGUGGAGAGCGGAUAUUCAUAUUCCUGGCUGGCCAACAAUAUGACGGACUUGGGGAUGAACGAUCUGAUUCUGCCCAGCAGCCAAGAGAUGCCUGCUGUUAGCGCUGGCAAACAGGAGUACUAUGUCCGGUGGGAUAGGGACGGUUUCCCGCUGUCGCAGGAUGCUCCCAGCACGUCCGCGGGGGCGACCGUACAGAGCGCGGAUUCGCAGGAGCUGGCGAGCGACGGAGGACCUCGGGAUUUCUCAGGACAGUAUGGAUUCGAUAUCUGUUUUCCACAGAAAGCUCAGGGAAAAGAGUGGAUAUACAAGCCGGAAACCAAAAAACUCUUCCUCGAGCGAGUUAAGCAGUGGGUAGUGCAGUUUACUAUGCAAACGUGCCCCAGCUCCGAAUUUUCCAUCCACGCUUUGCCAAUCUUCAAUGAUAAAGGCGCUUUUGGCCAGAACGUCCUACCGUGUGUCAAACAUGUGGAAGUUUGCCAGUUGUACAAGCAGUUCUUAUACACCGAGGAAAAGGGUGCCAAACACGAGAACAAUCGGGUUAUUCUGACUUAUCCCGGGAAGAAAACAGGAAAAAGUCAUUCGGUGAUGGGACGGUAUCUUUGCACCUGCAAUAACAGCUGCCACAAGGCCAAAUGCAACAUUUGCAUCGUUUUCGAGCUGCAUGUGCAGGGGAAAGUUGAAGGCCGCAAGACUUUAAAUAUUCGCAGUUGUGCUUGUCCCAAGCGUGACAGUGAUAUCGAAGAUCGGAGCAAUGGUACCGUGGUGGAAGCCGUUAAAGGCCGAAGAGGGCGCAAGCGAAAAGCGAGCGACGCUGACUCAGAGGAUGUUUUCAUAAAAAAAGAAGAGGGAUUGAGUAAUGGUAUCAAUGGCAACACACUGACUCCAACAAAAGCUUUACAAACAAUUGAAAAGAAGCGCCAUGUGGAAAGGGAGGGUGACCGGGUGAAGAUUUCCAUGGAGGUCGAUUCUCCCGUUGCGUACCUUAGUCUGAUUAGUUCCCAUAUGGACAUCCUGUUCCAUACGUUGGACGGUCUGAGUCGUUGCCCACUUAUGCCGGGUGCUUGUGUUCCCGUUGAAACUAUCACGAAUCCUGGUUCGGGAUUUCGCACAACUGCCGUUGCCUUCGCUAAAAAGGGCCCAUCACGAGAGAAUCUUAUGGAAAUUAAUAGUUGGAUCUCUACUGUUUUGAACAUGAAGAACUUGUCUGCGAAGUCUUUCUUCCAGGAUGGACAUAAUAUUGAAUCGCUGGACGAUAUAUUUGCCUUGAGUCGAAAGAGUCUGGAUAACUUGUUGGGAGAAUAUCGUGACGAAGUGGUGGAGAAGGUGUGGGACUGCAUCCAGCGCAAGGAACGUCCAUUGCGGCCUUUUUCCGGUGGAUCGCAGCUUUCGAUUCCCUUUUCGCAGUCGCAGUCGUGAAAAGUGACGCUGAGUCUAGUGGAAUCUCGUUUUUCCUUGUGCGGGAGUUGUUCCAAAGGUUGUUAUUUUACUCUUGUUUUUUUGCACAGUGAUUUGUACAGUUUUUUUCGUCACUGUUAUCACUGCACGUUUUGCCAGGUAUGACUGCUGGGAAUUGUUAAUGUGUAGAAGAUUUCGGGAGUGUCGUUAUAGAUCGCGCGGUUGAUUUUAAAGCGUGAUGUUAUGAUUUUACUUUGGUUUUUCGCCGUCGUAUUGCAUUUUUACCGAUAAUAUGAUGCUGUUUUAUAAGUGAAUCUGCGCCAUGUUUUUGCGUGCAUUAUUAAUUUGUCUGCUUGUUUUACGUUCAGAAAGCUGAACAACAAGUGUUGCGUCUGAAGGAGCUGAUGAAUAAAUAAAGAGAAAGUCACCCGAAA